AUGUCUUCAAUUGCCAAUUUCUCCGCCUCAGAGCCUGCUGUGCCAAUUCUAGCACAUUCACUUCUUUCCCAACCAGCAUCAAACUCGGGAAACGAGCAUUUCGAUGCUGAAUCAGAUUCCGCACUGCCAAACGACACCAAUCGAGUAGAUUGGAAUCUGAAAGAUGAUAUUGAAAGAGGAACCCAGUGUUCGUCGAAUACGAUCUUCCGCACUGGGACUGUAAUUGGCUUUUCCAGGCUUAGAAAAAAUGCCCAGGGUGAUGACGGCGUUGGGUAUAUAGGACAGGUCAGCUUUCUUCUUCCUCUUCACCUCCUCACAAAAAAUAUACGCAACGGCUCUCCAUCGACAUCUAAAUCCAAUACAUUCAUAAUCCACCCUGCCAACUUUGAUGCUUUCUCUCCACAAAAGCUUCUUGCCUCUCUACUAUCCCCUACUCACCAACAAACCCUAUCUCGCGAAGAGGCAAUCAAACGUCUCGAUUCCGUCCAACUACUCCCCGUCUUCGAUCUAACUGCCGCCGUGCAGGCUAUCAGCGAGAUCUCAGAUAUUCUGCAUAAAACCCGCGCAGAACAAACUCAGGUUCCCGAUAAAACGAACCCGGUCGUAUUAAUCAUUGCCGGACUCGACACGCUCGCUGAGAGCGUCAUUCGUGCUUCGAAUCCAGUUAGAGGAACUGCCGUCUUAACGACCGCUCUGCGAACGCUGACGCAGCUGUCCCGUAUGCAUGCCUCUUUUCUCUCUGUGAUGCUGGUCAACACUAGUGGGAUUGGUACGGUGGCUUCGCCCUUUUCUGGUGACUCUACAGGUGGCCAAAACCGGCAGCAGUUAAAAUCCCAAGGCGAAGAUACUAGCGGCCAUCAGAUGCGCGAUGAUGGUAUCUAUUCUAUAUUCGGCGCGACUGGGACGCCGCUCUUUCCGAGUCUACUGAUGAGGACGUUGGAACAGGGAAUCGACACGCAUAUCCUACUGUCUACUGUGAAAACAAAACAGAUCGCAGAGGUAAUUAAAGAUAGAGUAGGUGAUGGAGUGGGAAAAUGGUGCAUCUGGCAGAAAGAGGCAUAA